AUGGAUGGAAACAAGGUAUCUUUGCAUCCAGAGCCAAAAAAGUGGAAGGCGCCAAAAGGCCCAAAGCCCGUUCACCAUAAGAACAAGAAUCUCAUUGGUCUUGGAAGAACCAUUGCUAAUCAGAGAAAGCAAGAGAAUGCAAUCGAGAUCUUGCCAGACGGUGAGAUGAGAUUCACCACGGACAAAAAGGAGGCUAGCUGGGUUAAAAUGAGGUCUGUUACCCAAGAGAAUUCUUUAGACGAGUUCUUGAACACCGCAGAGUUGGCAGACCUGGACUUCACAGCUGAAAGAAACUCUCAAGUCAAGAUUAUCAAGGUUGGUAACACAGCAUUGGUGAACCAGUCUGGUUUGCUUUCACAAGAGGAGACUGACGAGAUCCGUAAAAAGCACCAGCUAUUUGAGAACAAGUUGAUCAUUCCAAGAAGACCUAAGUGGGCUAAGGAGCAGCUGAGGAUUCAGAUCGAAAGACAGGAGAAUCUUGCUUUCUUAGACUGGAGACGUGAGUUGGCUACAUUAUCAGAAAAGCAUGACUUGUUAUUGACCCCUUUUGAGAGAAACAUUGAGGUUUGGAGACAAUUGUGGAGAGUCGUAGAGAGAUGUGACUUGAUCGUGCAGAUUGUGGAUGCCAGAAGUCCUUUGUUCUUCAGAUCUGUGGAUCUUGAAAACUAUGUUGAGUCGUUGAGCAAACCUGAGGAGAACAGGGAGAAAAGAAAUUUGCUUUUGAUCAACAAGGCUGACUUGCUCACGAGACAACAAAGAAAGGAAUGGGCUAACUAUCUUAACGAAAGAGGAAUCAAGUACGUUUUCUUCUCGGCCGCAAAUGCGAACGCUCUUUUGGAGAAGGAGCAAGAAGAGGCAGAACAACGUAAAAACGAUCCGAACUUCGUCUCUGACGCUGGUCUCGACGAUAGUGAGGUUGAGGAAACUGACGAGGAUAUCAAGAUUCUUAAAGUGGAAGAAUUGGAAGAUCUAUUCCUUUCUGCCGCUCCAACUUUUGAACAGACUGAAGACUUCCCUGACCGUAAAUUGCAGAUUGGUCUCGUCGGUUACCCCAACGUCGGUAAGUCCUCUACUAUCAAUGCUUUAGUCGGCUCCAAGAAAGUGUCUGUUUCCGCAACACCAGGUAAGACAAAGCAUUUCCAGACCAUCGUAUUAUCACCAGACGUUGUUCUUUGUGAUUGUCCAGGUUUGGUGUUCCCUAACUUUGCAUACUCUAAUGGUGAGUUGGUGUGUAAUGGUGUUCUUCCUAUCGAUCAGUUGAGAGAGCACAUCCCUCCAGUCUCUUUGGUGUGUCAAAGGAUUCCCAAAUUUUUCCUCGAGGCGGUUUAUGGUAUUCACAUCCCUAUUCAAAGUAAAGCUGAUGGAGGCAAUGGUGUAUACCCAACAGCCCGUGAACUCUUGAAUGCUUAUGCAAGAGCCAGAGGAUACAUGACUCAAGGUUUUGGUAGUGCAGAUGAGUCAAGAGCUUCCAGAUACAUCCUUAAGGAUUACGUGAACGGAAAGCUCCUUUUCAUCAACCCACCUCCUAAGAAGCUUGAAGAUGGUUUGUGGGACAACAGAAGUAUUGAUGAGUCCAGAGAGUUCAACAAAGAAGUCUACACAGUUCACAGUUUACCAGAGACAAGACAGGAGCAGAUCAAAGCUGCGUUGUCGCACAAGAACAUGAAAUUUGACGAGUUUGACCUUGCCAAUGACCUUGCUAAGCUUAAUUUCUCAAUGCAUGUUGGCAGCGAUAACAAUCAGAAGUCCAAUGGUGACUCGCAGGGUGAAGCUACAACCCGCUUCUACGGUGGAAGACAGGCUGCGUUGGAAAGUGCGGCUGACGACUUGGACAGAGAGUUUUUUCAAAUGAACAACGUCCAGGCCAAGUUGGAUUCCCCAUUCCACAAAAACGGUGGAUUGUCAGGUAACAAGAAGCACAACAAGAAGAACAAGAAGGCGGAUAAGAAGAAAAGAGUGGUGGGAUAUUAG